ACACGAAGAUGUCAGUCUCAGAUUUGAAAUGCUCUGUUGUUGGCGAUGCUCGAGUUGGCAAGACGUGCCUGACCAAAGUAUUUAUUGGAGAAAAAGGCGAUGAAAACUACACACCAACUAUUUUUGAGAAUUACUAUGGGGAAACACUUUGUAGAGGAAAGAAAGCCAUUAUUUCUAUUUAUGAUCUACCUGGACAGCAUGACUUUGAUCAGAUGAGGAGAUUUGCUCUAAAGGACAGUAAUGUCAUCAUCAUUUGCUACGAUGUCCAGAAAAGAAAAUCUUUCGAAAAUGUCCAGUCUGUAUGGAUUCCCGAAAUUCGACAGUUUCUGGGUAAAUCCAUACCAAUUGUUCUAGUCGGAAUUCUUUCGGGUAAAAAUCAAGCAAGAAGCGUGUCCAAAAGAGAGGCUAUCAAGGUCACCUCCCAAAUGCAAAUUUACGACUAUUUUGAGAUUUACCCUGAUGAUAAUGUUGAAGUGUCCUGUCUGUUUUCUUGCGUCGCAUCUAUUGCAAAGAAAACAAAGAAGCAUAAUUCGUCCUUCCUCCGACGUAUGUUCAUAUACUAACACUUGC